GAAAAAAAAAAUUAAAGGAAGAGAGGACAAAAAGAAGAAGAAGAAAACAUGGUUAGAAGAAACGGCUGAUUCUUCAUCUCCUCCCAUCCACAGACCCCAUGAAACCUCCAGUUUUGACAGUAUUUCUUUUUGGUUCUAUACUAAUCACGCUCUUAACCCCCCCUGCUGAGGUUAAAGUAGAUGCCAGGGUGGAAAGGAAGACGGAAUCCACUGCUCUGCCGACACUCUCCCCGCCUGAGGGCAACACGACGUUCCUCGGCGGGACGAGCUGGUGUGUGGCCCGCAGCAGCGCACCCCAGUUCGACCUGCAGGUGGCGCUGGACUGGGCCUGCGGAUGGGGUGCGGUGGAUUGCCAGGCGAUUCGGGCCGGGGGCCCGUGUUUCGAGCCCGAUACACUCCUCUCCCACGCCUCCUACGCCUUCAAUGCCUACUACCAGCAGAAUGGGAACAAUGACGUGGCCUGCAACUUCGGUGGAACUGCCAUGCUCACCGGAAACAACCCAAGUUAUGAAACAUGCACUUACGCAACCUCAGGUCAACACAGUGAUGUGAAGUCGUCGGGAGCUGGAGGGCCAAAACCAAAGGAAAACAUAUUUUGUGGGAUUCGUCGGUUUCUAGGUGAUGUGUCGCUGGCUGGAUCUGCUGUCAGCCGCCGGCAUGACCCCGAUAAUGCCGCCACAGCCGAAUUGCGGAAAAUUUUCUAUUCUUCUUCACCACUGCCUUCCACUGGGUAGAGAGAUGCCGCCGCACCCUCCAGAUCAUGGAAUCUCAGCCUCUUCGUGACGCUCUAAAUUUGUUAAGGAGAAUGCAUUGGAUUCUGGAUCAGAUGGCACGCCGUAUGAAGCACUAAUGGCGUUCCGGAGAAUGAACACCGAAGAAGUCUUAUUGACAUGCAGGUUGAGUUGACAAGUCUUUUGCAUGGCAUCGCAUUUGAGAUUUUUUUUUGAACAAUCGUGAAGAGCUUGAAAUUCUGGAACAAGAGGUCGUCACUGUUGAGGCUGUACUAGAGAUGGUUGAAGAUGGGGUUCUGUAGUUGACAGACAUUUUAGACCAGUUCCUAUCGAACUUGCCACGCAUCAGAGUCCCUGCCCAAUCUGUCUGUCACUUGGAAAUAGCAUCUCUAUCCUUGAGUAGAAACAAGAGCUGUGUACAAUUACCCUCCACAUUCCCUCUACUAUCGUGGGAUCAUAUUGGGUUGUUGUUGGGAAUUACAUGGCCGGAGAUGAGCUUGGUGAACUCCAUUACUGCAAGUCUGCAACCAUGCAUUCCACCACUCUUGCACCUCUAUGGCAUCACAAAGGAAAAAUAUUUGUCCCAUGUGCAGAAGAGUUGGACUUAACUUUUAACUCUUUUACUGACGCUGUUAGUGUAUAAUGUUAGUGUAUAAUCUCAGCAUGUUUACGCUGGCCUAUGUGCAAAGCUCAUGUAGAUAUACCAAGUGCAGAAAAAAUAGCCAUGUAUUUG